AUGGCCCAUGUAGACCCAGGCUUCGGCUGGCUGCAUGCGUUUUCAGUGCGAUACGCACAGGCAUUUGAAAUGUUUGCUGUUGCACAGGAGCUAGGCUUGCCGAUUGAUGAAAAGAUGUACACAAACAUGCUUAGCUUAUAUGGAAAAGCCGGUAGGCAUCACGAGGCGUCUUUAAUGUUCAAAAGAAUGAAGGAAGAUGGCAUCAGGCCUGGAAAGAUCAGCUUCAAUUCCAUGAUCAAUGCCUAUGCCACUUCAGGACUGUAUAGCGAGGCGAAAAGCAUAUUCCAGGAGAUGCAGGACUGUAGUCACGCUCCCGACUCGUUCUCCUACCUCGCGCUGAUCAGAGCAUACACGGAGGCUAAACUGUACACUGAGGCAGAAGAAGCCAUCCAGAUGAUGCUGAACAGCAACACAACCCCUUCCUGCCCUCAUUUCAGCCACCUGAUUUUCGCCUUUCUGAAGGAAGGCCAGAUUGGUGAAGCCCAGAGGAUCUACAACCAAAUGAAGGAGGCAAGUGUGGCUCCUGAUCUGGCCUGCUGUAGGACCAUGAUGAGGAUGUACAUGGAGCACGGUCUCAUGGAUGAAGGCAUCUCUCUCUAUGAGACGACACGCGGCUCGCUGAAACCUGACAGCUUCAUCUUGAGCGCUGUGUUUCAUCUGUAUGAACAUGCAGGCAGGGAGUCUGAAGCCCAGGAUGUCCUGGAUGCCAUCAGUGUGAGUGGUACCUCCUUCCUGAGGAAUAUGAAGAUUGGAUCGAAGCUUUGA